AUGACAAAAGUUUCAAAGAAUGUUUCUGGUGUUCACAGGAUCACAUCUAAAACUUUGCUUAGAAAAUUUCGUUACACUUUGUAUGAGGGGUUUGACACACUUGUAAAGCACGUGAGAGAUAUAUUUAAGCCACACACAGAGAUAUGCGAAGAUAAUCCUAAUCGCGUGGGAUGGUACGACGGUCAAGGGGAAAGUGAGAUUAAGGGAAUCAUGCAAGCCAAUCUGCAUAUCGAUUUUGCGGACCAACCUCACGAGGAAUGUAUCGAGUACUGCAAGAAAAAAUAUAAUUGGUGCAAGUUACCUGAGCAUAAUUUAGACCUGAAACAUGGCAAAUGCUGCAAGUGCUCAUAUCAAGAUCUUUCGUUAUGCUGUCGAUUUUGUAAUGAUGAUUGUGUUCGAAUUUUAGCUCGUGUGAAUGAGAACGUGGAAGAAUCAGGACCUUUUGAAUUCAAUGGAUGGAAUUCUAUAUACACGUGUUGA